UUUGUUUUUAUCACUUACUUACAACAAGAACAAACAAAAUGUCGAAUUAUGCAUUUUCUAAAAUAAGUGAAAACGUUCAAGAAUUGGUUUCUUCGAGGUCGCAGUACUUGAGCGGAUUCAAAUCUGUGGGCGAAUUUUUGGACGUUCGUCGCGUUUCAAGACCUGAAAAUUUUGGAGAAGCACAAUCAAGAGUCCGUUUUAACCUUCGACGAUUCUCUUCAAAUUACUUAGCCAUUAUUGCAAUCCUCGCCAUUUACUGUCUCUUGACUAAUGUUCUGUUAUCGAUAGUUAUUGCCGCUGGCGCUGUUGGUGUGUAUGGAAUUCGUAAACGCCAAGGCAAUGAGGUGCAAAUUGGACAGCGAGUUUAUACUAAGUCAAGCUUAUACACAACCUUGGGAUGUGUGUUAAUUCCUCUCGGGCUUUUCGCAUCACCUAUUCAAACUAUCUUUUGGUUAGUUGGAGCAUCUGCCGUCUGCGUCCUUGGUCAUGGUGCGUUGUUUGAACCACCCGUUGAAUCUGCUUUUGAAGCCGUCGAGCAACAGGUAUAGAUAUAUGCUUUUUAUAAAUUCAUCCAGCAAGCUCGUCUUCUGUAUUAUUAGAAAUCUUUCUUUGAUUCUGCUUUUCUAUAUCGUAAAUCGACUUGCUUUUCUUUUUUUUUGUUUCUCGAGGACGACUCAUCGACGAUCAAACAACAAAGAUUCGUGGAAGUGACAUACAAUGUGAAGAUUGCAUAGAUUUUCUGCUACUCUGUUUGCAGUUUGGGCUUUUUACGCAUUCAGCUUUUGUUUGAGCAUAAUAUUUUUUUUUCUUUUUUUCAUGUGGUGACAUGAACCAUUGAUCUGCUGCAACAUCCAUAGUUCAUCAAAUCUGCUAAGAGUUGCCGAUAUUACUUUGUUGCCUCAAUCCACGUUUGCAAAUGACAUGUUAAUUCCAUUUUCCGUAAUAAAAUACAACCUCCCUUCUUUUAAUGCUACUUAAUCUUGUAGGCUUGGAGACAGAUAGAUAUUAAAGUGCACGAAACCGUAGAGAAGCCAGAGAAAGAGGUUGAUAAUAAUAGUGGCUUUUAGUUUUCGUCUUUAUUUACAGAUUCAUUCAUUUCAAUGUUAUGCAUUCUCAAUCUAUCAAUUAGAUUCAUCUAUUUCGG